UUGCAAUUGGGGGAUAGAAUUGUUAGUUAUUUUUAAAUAAAAUGAUAUUUAUUCAUUUUCUUCGAUCAUUUAUUACAAUCGUAACACUUUUAAUGACGAAUAAUUUUUCCCCUAGAGAGCUCUAAUGAUUUAGAAUGCAAUUAUCUAUGUACAUGUGUACUAUUUACAAUUACCUAUUAGAUUAAUCUUUUGUAGUGCUUCUCAAACUGUAGUAAUAAAUCUAUCAUUAAAAGUAAUUAAAACUAAUGGAAUAUUCAGUGUUAACGACCACGUUAAAGGAACUCCGAAAAUCUUUCAAUUUGUUCUUUUUUUAUUUUGUCGGUAAUUAAAGUGACUUCUAAAAACCUCUAAGCAAAGCAGAGCGAUUUCUUCGAAAUUUGUCGAAAGCAUUAAGCUUGUUCAACAAAGAAUCGAAUGGAAUGAAAAUUGACCAACACCAUGACUGCUAAUUACUAUUUUGCAAUUGUUGGUCACGCCGACAAUCCUUUAUUCGAAAUAGAAUUCAAUAAUUCUGGAAAGGACUCGAAGAAGGAAGAUUACACGCAUUUGAACCAAUUCAUUGCACACGCUGCAUUAGAUCUUGUGGAUGAACAUACAUGGAAAACAACAAACAUGUAUUUGAAAGUCGUGGACAAGUUUAACCAGUGGUUUGUCAGUGCUUUUGUCACUGCGACUCACAUUAGAUUUGUCAUGGUACACGACAGCAAAAAUGAGGAUGGGAUAAAGAAUUUUUUCAAUGAAAUGUACGAAACAUAUAUAAAGUAUUCCAUGAAUCCAUUCUACAAAUUAAACACACCUAUUAAAUCUGUUGGCUUUGAGAAAAAAGCGCAAUUAUACGGCAGGAAAUACUUGUCUUCCUAAGUCUGUUUAUUUUAAAUUUACAGAGUAUAAUAGAUACUUUACAAACAUCACAUUGUUAUUUAUUGC